AUGACAGACAAAAACCCUAGAGACCAAAAUCCGACUAUGAAGUCCCUCGCAAUCAAGGAAUACUGCACGCCUGAUCAAUACGCCAUACUGACAUUGCCAGUCCCAAAGAUAGAACAAGCGGACCAACUGCUCAUCAAAGUGCAUGCUGCAUCCAUCAAUCCAAUAGACGUUAAAGUAGCUGUUGGCGUUGCAAAACGGGUUCGGUCUGAACAGUUCCCAUUCAAAAUCGGAUACGAUGUCUCCGGGACCGUUAUUGCAGUUGGAACAGAAGUCGCCAUUUCCUCCCCCGAUCUAACACCCGGUACUGAAGUAUACACUCGUCUCCCAGAGGAAUGCCGGGGUGCUGUUUCGGAGUAUGUCGUCUCAACGAUUUCAGCAACGGCAAAAAAGCCUCAAACGAUAUCUCAUGCCGAAGCUGCGUCUAUACCGUUGGCGUCAUUGACUACCUUUCAGACAUUCGAGACGGCUGCCGAACAUUUUAGGGAUAGUAAUGGUUUGGCUGGCAAGACGGUACUUAUCCCCGGAGGUCUUUCAGGAACGGGAACUGUGGCCGUUCAAUUGGCCAAGCGGGUGUUUAAAGCAGGGCGAGUGGUCACCACGCUGUCCACAUCAAAAAUCGGCCGAGUCAAUGGACUACUUGGGGAAGACGUACUAGAUCAAGUGAUUGACUACACCAAGCAAGACCCGUUGAAAACCAUUACACCUGGCUCAGUGGAUUUUCUGUACGACACCAUGGGUCAAGGCGUCUCAUACCUCCCCCUUAUGAAAAAGGGAGGCAUCAUCGUGUCCAUCAGUGGACCACCAUUCGGACCAGAAUUGAAAAAGAUUAUGCCAAUGAUGCCGACGGGUAUUAGAUGGAUGCUGAAUGCGGCCGGUGGUGUUCUUCGGUUCAAAGCGUACAUGUAUUCUGUUACUUAUACAUGUCAACUCAUGAAACCCAGCGCGAAAGACUUGAAUAAACUGGCUGGUUGGAUUGAUGAGGGUAAAAUUAAGCCCGUGGUCGGCCUAAAGGCUGCCUUUGGUGAUUUGGAGAAGGUGCGUGAGGGUUGUCAACAAGUCUAUUCUGCAAAGGGCGGUAUUGGGAAGUUUGUCAUCGAGAUGGAUUAG